AGUAUAUACGUAACAAGUUUCGGUUUAUUCUGAGCGAACGUCGCCAUAUUUCACAGACCCAAGGAGAAGGCGAGUCACGCCAUUGUGCGUAUCGUAUGUAAGAAUUAUCAUCGAUUGCUCGAGCGUUACUCGUAAUUGGGUGAAGUGUACCAAGUGUUGCGACUCUCUUCGACGGCGUCGUCGUCUCACUGAGAGUCUGGUGCUGAAUAGUGGCGACGAAUUACUGCAGCGGGAAUUAAAUACGUGUACAACAUGUAUAACAGCAACAUUGAUCCCUGGGAGCCUGGCUAUGGGCCGGAAAGAAGAAGUCACAAUUCCGACUACGACUACCGUAGUGACUAUGGCAGCAACAGAUCCCCGGAAUACACAGAACACCGCGACGUCGACCAUCGCGAUAGAGACCAUCGUAGUCCGGAAUACAGAAACCACCGUGGGAGAGACAGGGACCGCGAGAGGGAUCGUUCGCGGGAUAGGAGAGACCGUAGCAGAGAUGAUCGCGAUCGCAGCUAUAGAGACCGGGAAGAUCGUUACGGACGGCAACGUGAUAGAGACUCUGUGGAAAGGGACAGGGACAGGGAUAGGGACAGAGACCGGGAUAGAGAUCGUUCUAGACGCGACAGGGAUCGUGAUCGAGAUAGGGACCGGAGGGGAAAAUCCGAUCGAGAUCGAGAUCGCGAUCGUGACGAUGAUCAUAGCCGGGAGAGUUUGGACUUUGAGCAUGACCAUGGUCGUGCUUAUAGCUCGUCCAUGGAAGGAAUCCACUACAAAUCGCAAUCUCCUAACAACACCAUUAUGAUACGUGGACUCGCUCAACACAUUACUGAGAAUGACGUGCGGCAAGACAUCCUCAACUGUGGUCUCAUGCCCAAGGAUAUAAGGCUAAUUCGAAAAAAAGAUACAGGUGCUUCGCGAGGUUUUGCAUUCGUCGAGUUUAACGCGACUCAGGAGGCCGCACGGUGGAUGGAGAUGAAACAGGGAGUGCUGAUGCUGCAGGACCAAUAUCGCGCCCUGAUGCAGUACAGCAUACCAAAAGAGUGCCAUGUAGAUAAACCGCCGGCGAAGAACACUCAAGAUUGGCACUGCGUUAAGUGUGGAGCGCACAAUUUUAAGAGGCGCGAAACUUGCUUCAAAUGUUCCGCCUCGCGAGCGGAGAGCGAGGAAGGCGGAGAAGGUAGCGACGAGAUCAGCCCACACCCCACCAACACCGUGCUCUUACGUGGUUUGGACGUGUUAACCACCGAGGACUCGGUUCUGCAGGCGAUGAAGAAUCUGUCAUCGAUGCCGAUACGUAGUAUUCGUAUCGGCCGUGAUUCUCUCACGAACACGUCUCGCGGCGUGUGUUAUUUAGAAAUGGGCAACGUGGUCGACGCGAUGUACCUGCACACAGCGCUCACGAAGCAGGGGCUGGUGGUGGACGGCAGGAAAGUGGAGAUAACGUACUGCAAGCUCCAUCAGAUUAAUAACACAACCGCGUGGAAGUCCAACGAUACACAGCCGCAGAGGUACACCUUGGACGACGUCGCGCAACUCGCCGAGUACAGCGCGAAUCUGUACGCUAAAACGCCCGCGCAGAAAGCCCACUACCUGCAGUAUUACACGCAGUACUAUCAGAAUCAGAUAAUGCAGGGCUCAGCGAUCACGCUGCCCUCCCUGAAUCAGACUGACCGUGUGAAUGCGGCGGCGGCGGUGGCACAGUCCGCGAUACAGCAGUUGCAGGCCUCUAGGAAGUUAGGUGAAACCGACGACGUGAAGGGACGACCGACGCCUACGGCACCAUCCAGCACGACGUUAGCGAGCGGAAGGGUUCCCGCGCAUUCCAGCGAUGGGAAAGUAUACUCCGUACCGGACGUCAGCACUUACCAUUACGACGAAUCGUCCGGCUACUAUUACGAUCCCAGCACGGGAUUGUAUUAUGAUCCAAAUUCACAAUAUUAUUACAACAGCCACACACAACAGUUCCUUUAUUGGGACGCCGAGUCGUUCUCGUAUCAACCAGCCAAGACUACCGCAAGCACGACUCAAGGAGCUACGAGCAGUACCACGAUCACGGCAACGGCGAGUAGUACGGAUACUGUGAGUACGGUUAGUAAUCAGGCUACGACCUCGUCGGCCGCCAGUGCAACUCAGGAGGCGGCGAAAGAAGACGAGAGCAAAAAGAAGGACAGCAAGCAGGACAAAGUAAAGGUAGCGAAGAAAAUAGCGAAGGACAUGGAACGUUGGGCGAAGACCUUGAACCAGAAGAAAGAGAACGCAAAGAGCAAUUGGAACUCGGAAUUCGCCGGCGCGGAUGGCAACCAAGGUGUCGGAAGCGGCGCGGCGGAUGCAGGAUACGCCAUUCUGGAGAAGAAAACUGUCGCAAAUCCUUAUCACGAGGACGAGGAUCAAAGCGGUAACGGCUUGGUAGCUGCGUACGGCGGAGGUAGCGAUACCGAGGAGGAGAUCGAGGAUGUGCAGCAGGAGGAGAAGCAGCACACAGACUGGAGCAAGCUGGCGUGUCUACUCUGUAAACGACAGUUCCCGAGCAAGGAAGCGUUGAUGCGGCACCAGCAAUUGUCCGAUCUGCACAAGCAGAAUCUGGAGAAUUGGUAUCAAGUACGCGGUCUGGAUCCCAAUGAUCCGCAACAGAGGAACAACAAGUACAGAGAUCGUGCCAAGGAAAGGAGAGCGAAGUAUGGUGAACCCGAACCGCCACAACCUAACAAGUUGAAAGAAAAAUAUCUGAAAACAAGAGUGGAGGAGAUGUCGGUGUCGUAUGAGGAACCCACGAGAGCCGGCAUCGGAUCCGACAACGUUGGCAAUAAAUUACUGCAAAAAAUGGGUUGGAGCGAAGGAAUGGGUUUAGGAAAAUCGAAUCAAGGUAGAACGAGUAUAAUCGAGGCCGAAAGACGAGUGCCUACAGCCGGCUUAGGAGCGAAGACUUCGUCGUAUAGCGCGUUACCGGGCGACACGUAUAAGGAUUGUGUGAAAAAGAUGAUGUAUGCGCGGUAUCAAGAACUAUCUGACACGUAAUACGUAGGACAACACAUCAAGGAUGUAUAAGACAGAUUAUAUAUAUAUAUAUAUAUAUA